CACUUCUGUUAAAAGAAAAAAUUUACGGCGCGAAAUAAUUCUCCAGUUAUUGUCCUCUUCCCUCCCCUACAUCUGCAGGUUAAACUAUUCCUCUGCGUCACUGACCAGUCAUUGUGUGCUGCACGGAGAAAUCUUUUUCUGACUUUCAGAUAGUGAUAAUUUUAAUCGAAAAUGUCUACAGCGGAAGGAACAUCUUCUAGUUCUACUAUGGAUUCUGCUGAAAAGUAUGUUGCGUUAAAUAUGUUUAUUAAUAUAUCUCUACUUCUGCUACAACUUUUAUUUUAGAAGUUCAAGACAAAGGCUUUUAUAUUUUUUUUUCAAAACUCAGUCAGUGGUCCUGGUCGGUCAGUGGUGAUGGUCAGUUAACAUGAGUAGACUUUCUACAUAAUGAAAAUGACCCAUUACAGUCCCUGCCAUGCCCUUGUUUGGCUAAUGAAUGACUUAUCUAUGCUAGCAUGUUGGGCCAAUUUAAAAUAAAAACCUGCUCUGCUUGUUUUGUUUGUUUUUUGCAAAUUUAAUGAUUUGCCGCUAAGUCUUAUUAGACUUAUACUUUUCAUACUACAAUUUUUUUUUAUUGCCGUGCUGUAUGCAGGAAGUUCAGUAAGAUGGCAUGUCUCUAUAAAUAAUAUAAUAGUUGCAUUGUUGCAUACUUUCAUAUAUUUUAUUUAGGAUUGUCAUCAUCUUAUGACAUGACCAACUUACUUAGUUGCUUUUAAUUAUUACUAUUACUAUACUAAAUACUAUCAGUCUUAGGAGUAGGCUAGGAGGAUUGCUAUUUAUUUUGCAAGCCAAGCAUUUUCUUUGUCUGCUUUAGAGUUGGGACCUGAGCCUCAUUUUUUUUAAUUCAUGUAAUAUAAGUCUAGGGCUUAGUUUGACAUUGUUAAUGUUAUUCUGUGUAAAAAUCAUGAAAUUGAAGCCUAGGGGCCAUCCAUUUAUGACAGCAUGGUCACAAAGUUGGGUCUUCUCCGCUCAAUUACAUCACACAUUCUCACCCCCUACCCCUUCUUUUGUCUACAUUAGACUACAUAAUUGUUUCUAAUCACCUUUGUCACUCAUUAAGAUUGUAGUAUGCAAUGUGUUUAAUUUCGCUCUGCAAUUAGUAAUUGCCUUGUUGAGCGUUUGGGCUUACAUCUGUGUCUUGCCAUUUAUCAUGUUGGGGAGAGCAUUUUUUCAGUCCAUAUUGUCUGAAAACAGCCCUCCAAUCUGAUUACCUUGUCCAAUUUCAGUUGUAUUAGCAAUUAUUUGGUGCUCCAAACGUUUUCAAAUCCACUUUUACUUUUACUGGCAAAAUAAUUUUUAAAGACUGGUUUUCAGAUUAAUUUAAUUGCUUCAGUUUCCUAUUUGAAAGCAAAAGGCCUGUGUAGUUUGUAGAGAAAUUCACUCUGCCACUACUUUCUUGAUUUGUAACCUUUUCCUUUUCUGUCUCAUGGAUAUUGAAGCACUGUGUCUAUUUCAGAAAUAUUAACUAUUAUUUUCCCUUGGUCAACUAUUUUUUGUUCCUUUUCACUUCACGCACUUCUAUUCCCAGACUCCUGCUUCUACUUUUUUCUAUGGUUUUCUCACAAGUCAAUGUCUCUACACCUUGAAUCUCAUCCGCAUUCUCAAUGUUUUCCUGUAACUUUUUAAAGCCACAUUUAAUUUAAUAAUCAGCAAGCAUAUUCCCCAGACUAAGUUUAAACUGGGUCAAAUUAUAAGAAAUUCAAGUUAUAGAUUAGAAAAUGUUUACUUAUAGUAAUGUAUCUUUAAUGCAGAAUCGAAGCCUUGAAAAUAGCAGCAGACCUUUUGGCUCAAGGCAAACGAAGUAUGGUAUGUGAAGAUGUUCCAAAGGCUGUAAAUUUGUUUGAAGAAGCAGUGAGGUUGCUGUAAGUUAUUUAUUUAACCUUCAUAUUUGUGGAAUGCUUAUUUGAAAUUUAAAUAAAUGGAACAAGAUAUGUUAAUGCUCGGGGGGGGGGGGGGGGGGGGGGAUGGAAGGUAGGACAAUCAAAUGUUUUGGCUAAGGCUUAAUGCCUUCUCUGUAGACAAAAGCAACAAAUAAUUGCAAAUUGAAAACUUGUUUGAAGAUCUCAAUAUAGUUCUGUUUAGAAACAAAAAUGCACAGUUUAAAACAGAAGUUAAGUUAUAUACCAAAAUAUGCGGUAGAAGAAUUUUAUUAUUAAUGUAAAUUUUAAUAUUUCACCAACAUGUAUUAUUUGAAAUUGGCUUUUGAUAUUAAAAUUUUCUGGUGUGACAUGAUUUAUUUAUGGGCUGAAUAGUGUUGUAAUACCAGUAAGUUGAAUGCAAUCUAAGAGGAUAUGACCAAAAAAUUGAUACCAGUCCUAAUAAAAAAUAAUUCUAUAUUUUAUCAGUGUCAAAGAAUGUGGUGAGAUGUCUCGAGACUGUGCUGAUGCUUACUUUAACUGUGGCUCAGCACUUUUAGAAUUAGGUCGAAUGGAAACAAAUGUUUUGGGUACAGCUUUAGAGGGAGGUAGGUCAAUAAUAAGUUCUUAUUGAUUUGAUCACAUUAUAUUAGAAAAAUAAUUUGAUCUUUAGUAAAAUAUUGUUUUUUUAACUUUAAGAACUAGUUUAAGGUACAGAAACGUUGAAGGUAACUUUUUGUUACUGGUAUGAUGGGUAUUGCAAUUUUUGUGUUUGAAUGAUAUUUUAAAUUGUUUUCAUAUAGUGGAAGUUGAAGAAGAGAAAGAGGAAGAAGAAAAUGAACAAUUUGAGAAACCCCCUGCAGAUGAUGGUAAGGUUUCCUGUGAUUUUUCAAAUUUGCAUUUUUAGAGCUAUUCUAGUUCUUGCAAUGCUACAUAUCCACUUAUCCCACAAACACUACUGCUUUUAGAAUGGUUCAGAAAUAAAUAAAGCACAAAGGGGCUAUCCAUUAAUUAUGUAUGCAAAAAAUCAUUUUAAUCAUCUUAGUUGUAUCCAAAUUUUUAACCACACCUUCCCUUAAAAGCUUUUUAAGGCCUUUAGUUUUAAAUCAAUUAGUGCAAGUGGUUGUUUUAAAAAAGCAGCUCAAUGUUAAUCUUGUUACAUCAACUUAAGGUGAACAAUUUCUUAAAAAACACCAUUGAUCAGCUGAUGUUAAUUGUUGCAGUUAUCCGAUACAAUCUUGUACAGUAUGCACAUCAAACCCUUAACUGAACCAAAGUGGCGUAACAUACAAAGAAAGUAAACACAUUCAAGCAAAUGCCAUCUGAUUAACAAGCAGCACAGUUUGACGUGUUUAAAAGAAAAUACAUUUCCCAAAAAUUAACAGGGUAUAUUGCAGUCUCAUACCAGAACAUUUCAAACCUUUUUGUGGAAAAAUGAACUUAGCUCUUAAAUUUAGACACCAGCAUGUACUUCUAUUUCUAUAUUAAAAAUUUUAAUAUGGUAUCUGUUAGAUUUCAAUAAAUUUAACAAUUUGUACACAUUCAUAAAGCUUCAUACAGUUCUAAAAAUGUAAUUUUAAAAAAAACUGGGUCAUUUUGACUCUUAGUCUGUAAUUAAAUGUGCUAAAUUGAAAUCAUGAAAUAUGAAAUUGCUCAAAAUGAGUGUACCCUGUCAUGAUCUGUAAUGAUUGGUUUCUUGCAUCAAAAUGUGGAAAUAAAAGUGCUUUUCCAAGAGCAAUAUAAAUUUUAAAUCCAGAAUCAUAUCAGGCUUUACAUUAAAUCAGACGUAUAUAAUGAAGAUUCCUUUAAGGUGGUCCAUGGGUCAAAAAAAAUUUUGCUAUGUUUCUUAAAUUACAUAUUUUUUUUAGUACAUAACUUACUAUACACCAAUAGAAAGACAAAAAACCAUAGUAGUUUAUUAAAAAAAAAAAUUUUUUUACUCUUAUUGCAAAAAAUAUAUAAUUUUAUACAAAUAUUGACAGUUACGCAAAAUGUAUCAACACCUAAAGGUUUAUCAACAUCAUAAUGAAACUUUGCACACUCAUUAAGAAUGCAGUUAUUAAAAAAAAUGACACCCAGCUUUCUGCAUUACAGUUAUUGGAGCAUCUACAAAUGACAUACUUGUGGAGUCACAUAAUUUUUUGGCAAAACACCAGUGGCAGCAUAUGUAAAAAAAUAUUUUUAAAAGUUCUGUUGGACAGAUCUGAAACAAGAAGGUGUCACUAUGUAGAUAAUGUAAAUGGUAAGAAGCAUGGAAAGUUUGAAGCCUGUAGCUGUUAUACUUUUCCUCCUGAUACAAUUGGCAGUCAUGAAAAACAAAAAAGAAGUCCAAAAAUGUUUUUUAAAAAAAUUAAAGACUACAUGAACAAGAUUUAAUGCAUAUAACAUGUGCAUAUACUAUUCAUAGAUGAAAAACCAAUAUAAAAACACAGAGAUAUAAAAGAUAGAAAAUUAACGAAGUUAUAUUUUCAAACGUCAACCUCCCUGUCCCAAAUAAAAAGUGUCUAACAUUAAAAAUAAUUAAAAAUUUUCUGUUGGACAGAUCCAGAGAAAGGAGGUGUCAUUAUGUAUAUAAUACUAAUGGUAAGAAGCAUGGAAAGUUUGAAGCACUUAUCUGUAAUACUUUUCCUCCUGAAACAUUUUGCAUUCCUGAAAAAUCUGAAAAACGCAAAGUUGAAAAAAACGAAUAAUAAUUUUAAAAAAUAAAUAAAUACUACUUGAACAAUAUAGGAUGCAUAUACCAUGUACAUGAACAUAAAUUAAAAAAACAAUACAAAAACACAGAUAUAAAAGUUAGAAAAUUAAUAAAGUCAUGUUUUCAAAAUAACAACCCCCGUCCCAAAUAAAAAAUGAAUAAUAACAAAAAUAAUUAAAAAAUUUCUGUAGGACAGAUCCAGAGAAAGGAGGUGUCACUAUGUAAAUAAUAUCAAUAGUUUGAAGCCUGUAGCUAUAAUACUUUUCCACCUGAUUCGAUUGGCGUUUCUAAAAAAUCUGAAAAAACGCAUGGUUGAGGAAUACGAAAAACAUUUUUAAAAAAUUAAAACUACUUGAACAAUAUAAGAGGCAUUUAACAUUUACAUAUACCAUUCGUAAAUAAAAAAAAAACAAUAUAAAAUCCUCUUGAUACAUCUGGCAACAACAGAAUAAUUGAAAAUUGUUUGUCAAGAAAAAAUCAAAAUGAAAAAUAUAAAUAAAAACAGCUACAGACACUUUCUAAUUUAGCUGAUGAAUUAAAUAAGCAUAUAAACAAUUCAUUACUUGAAAAUAAUGAAAAAUACAGUGAAAUAAGUUAUGUAAAACAAAUUCAAGGACGAGAGCGAGAAAAUGUUGAAAUGCAUCCUAAAUAAUUUUAAUAAUUCAAAAAUCUUUUGAGCCCCCCGCUAAAUACUGCGCACCCCCUUUUACUAGUAAAAGUCUAUCUGAUUCCCUCAUUUCCGCCCCUCUAAUUAGUUCCCUCCUCCUCUUUACAUUUAAUUUUAAAGCCGACUCGGCUUUCCUAACUCUAACCAUAUCCCUCUUUUCCCCCAACUGUGUCUUAUGCCCUAUCCCUAAGCCAACAGAAGAUAAAAAGUCUUGGGAGCCUUUGAACCCAUAUUGAAUUCUCCAACACCCACGGCCACAGAAAUUUCCAGGCUUGACCAUUUGACAAAAAUGCGUUUAGGACCAUAUGAGUGAGUGGAUGCACUCAUUGACGUUCUGGGUUUUUCCUUGAAGGCAGCGGCGUAGCAAGUCCUCGUUGGUCAUUUUUUCGUAAACAUCUUUCACAUAUUCAGCUACCGUUGGGUUUAGAUAUGUUGAAAUAUGCAAAAGAUGUUUAAGGACAACUAAACCUUUAGCCACUGCCUUCUUGAAAAAAAAACCAGGACGUCUCACCAUCUGGGCAGUCAUGGUGUGGUUCUUUAUCAGUUGAAGUGCAAUGCCAGAAUCCUGCCCAAAUUGCCCGCUUCAUAUCUUCCACACUUUGGUUUGAUCUCUAACAGCCUUAGUGAAAUAUUUCUGUAGCCAUUUGAUUUUGUCCUGGGUAAGGCGCGAGUUUGAUUUAGUCCUGGGUAAGGCGUCCAACACCCUUACCACCAAGUGUUAUCUUUUGCUUUUUUUUUUGUAUCCACCAGGGUCCUCAAAGCAGUUCCAAGUCGUUUCGAAACAUGGUUUACGCACUCGUGUUUUUCCACUACCAAGCCGGGAUACGGAUUAGAAAUAUGUAUCGACAUGAUAGUGUUUGUGUCUCCAUCUGACACAACAGUACGAUAACGUAAACCAUGUUUCGGAAUUGACCUGCCCCACAUUGCAACAGCAGCCUGUUGCUCCAUGCUGCCACUAGACCCUGAGUGGUUGACAUCACAGGAUACUUUAUGGGCCUCCAUCCAAGCAUUAUACUUGGUCUCACUCUCCUCCCUCAUCCUCUUACCCGUUGUCAAACAUUUCUGGCGAAACUUUGAGAGGCGCUCAGUCAACAAGGCCAGUUCUGUUUUCAAUGACACAGCCGAUGCCAGAUUUAGAGCUGUGGCCGAGAGUGUGCCAACUCCCAUCAUAUGACACAUCAAUGUCUACUACCUCUUCUUGAUUUUGCUCCGGAUAAGCUGCCUUCACUUAAUCCACUGCAAGCUCCAACAACUUAUCCUUGUAGGCUGGUAGUGAUUGAUGCAGGAUGGUAGCAUGCUGGUCGAAUGUCUUUUGAUGAAUGUUUGGUACAUUAUUUCGAAAAACUUCCCCAUACCAGCAUGCCCCAAUCCAGUCACUAAUGAUGCUGCCACAGCUCUUUUGUUGACAUCAAAAGUUUUGCCAUUGCAUACAACUGACAAGUAAGAUGAUGAGAUGACAAAGUCACAUAAAUUACUAACGACUUGUAAAACUAAUGCCAACCCAGAGCGUUUCUCUUCAUCAUUGGCCAUGAAGUGUCCCUCCUGGCAUUGCAGGCAUUGAAACUUUUCAAAUAGUGGCUGGAGGGCAUCUAUCUGUAUGAUAGAAGAGGCAGAGAGGCCUACGGAACGAUGAAACUCUAAAGAAUUAAGUUUUUUCUUUGAUGCAGACGAUGCCUCUGACUCUUCUGCUCCUUUAGCUAUUGGUAAAGCUUGUGGUGAAGCUGGUGCUGAAGCUGGCUGUGAAGUUUGAACCCUGGCCCUGGUACUUUUCUCCUUUUGCGCUAUUCUGGCUUUCUCAAGUUGCUUGCAUCUCUUGGUCUUGGGGGCCAUGAUUCUCUAUAUUAUGAACCGAAAAAAAAAUGUUUUUAUUAGCUUUUGAAAAAUAAAAUAAAUCUAUAUUCAGCUAAGCCCCUAGGCAAAGGUAAAUAUAUUUCAAUAUUAUUGUUAUAAAAUAUAUAAGGAAUAGAAACAUUUCUAUUACUAUUUUUGUUUUAUUUUUAAAAAAAAAACAAAUUGGAAAAUCUAGGCUUAUACUUAUUCAAAUUCAAUUUUUUCAUUAAUUGACAUUUAUCAUUUCAUUAUGAUUACCAUCUCAUAGCAAUAUUGUUGUCACUGACAACGAAAAUUUAAAAAAAAAAAAAAAAUUAUUAUUAUACCAAAUUAGACACGUGUAAGAACACAAACGUAAAUGAACAGAAUAAGGAACGUUUCGUUAUGCUAUAUUUAUGCAUAACAAUUUUGUAGAAUUAGGCAUAGAGCAGAUUUUAAUUUAAUUCAUAGGCCUACAUCUAUUACAGUGUGCGUAUAUAUCUGUUUCAUAAAAUUAUAAUACUAAUAAUAAUAAGUGGUCUUAUAUAGCUAGUAGUAUUAGUAGUAGGCCUAGUGUUAAUGACCACUGUAUUAUUAUACUAAACCUAGCUCAACAUUCGCUGCAACAGCUAAAACCAGCAUUAACUAUUUAUUAUAAAUUACAUUAUACAAUAAUUAAUUCAACUUACAUUUUCAAAGCAAGAAAAUAAGUUCAAAUUUGAAUUUAUUUGAAGACUGCAAAAGUAAAGUUGAUAGUUGGAAACAGUUAAUGCAAACUGGACGCAAUGAUACGGAAUGAAAAUGGAAGACCGGCAUUGCAUUGUGGGAUAGAUUUGUUCCAUCAAGGUCACAUCUAAAAUUAGCCGACCAAUGAUAAUGGCUUAUAAAUUAAAAUUUUAAAUCUCGACCAAUGAGAAAAUGUGUUUGAAUGAAUUUCUGUAUGGUUUGCAGGACAAAGAACUCCGGCCAGGCUUAUUUCUGGAUAUAUUAGUGGGCGAUACCAUUACCGAGUAAAUAGGCUAAGCUUUCGAUCGAUACCACAUAUGACUAUAUUGCGUUGUAAUUGUAUUAUAAAAACAAGGGGCGGGCCAGGGGGGUCUAUGAGGCGUGAAUUUUGCCCCGAGGUCAAAAUUUGCUCUUACCAUACUACUUUAAAAUUAUUUUUUUAUGAAAAUGGUAAAAACCAAAAUAUUCUUUAGAUGUUUAUCUAGCUAAAUUCACCAUAAUCUCAUUUUUGAUAAAAAAAUAUAUUGAUAUUUUCCCCCUGAAACCACCUUAAGUUGAAGAAUAUAGUACUACCUCCUCACGCACCAACUUCCAAAGGCAUCACACAUACAAUAGGGCAGACUGAAGCCACUUAACAGCUAUAAUAAAAUCAUUCACAAUAAGGCACAGGGCCCAAAAGUGAUCAUUAAAUAAUCUAACGCACAGAGUGUUGUGAUCAAAUACUACAAUAAAAGACAAUAUCUGUGUGUAACAACUACUAUUAAAUGUACACUGUAAAGAAGUUUUGAGCCUUUCUUUCUUGUACCUUAAUUAUAGUCCAGUGUUGCUGGAUCAUAUGCUUGUGUUGGCUAAAUAUUCUUUAUUAUUGUAUGGGGAUAUUUUUUUCAUUAAUACAUUUCUACCAAAGUAGCUUUCUUUAUUUUAAUUUUGAAAUUUUUGAAUGUGUGCGUCGUGGGAUCUGUGGGAAUAAUAUAUUUUGCCUUCCAAAGAAGCAUAUAAAAAUUAAAAAUUAUUUAUGAUAAAAUGGAAAUUUUAUUCACUGUUAUAUCAACACAAAUACAAUAACAUGAUACUUCACAAUAGUUUGUAAAUAACAUUAAGGGCAGCUCUGUUGUAGUUAUGGCGAUAUGUAAACAUGUAAAGAUUAUAUUAGUGCACAAAUGUGUACAUAAUAUAUGGAUGUCCCUACUUGGUCUAUAUAUUCUUUUUGUGUAGUGAUUUUUUAAAACUUAUUACUUUCGUCAUCUUGCAUCUUUCAAAGUUAAUCUUGCAAAACAUAUAAUAUUAUUAUAGAGUUUAGUUGUUUUGCAAUCUAUUGAUUUCUUGGGGUCUUCUAUAGCAACGAUUAAAGGAAAAAUUUUCCUCAACAUUUAAGAGUUUUAAAAAUUAAUUUUACAUGCUGAAUUUAAAAAUGGCACUUGCAUAAAAUAUUCAAAUAUGUCACAUUUAUUUAUUAUAUAAUUUUACUGAAACGAUUUAUUCUUAAUUUCUAUUUUUAGUUUUAUUCCCACACGGCUUUCUUGGAUAAAUUGUUUAAUGGUACCUAUGGGUAAACUUUAUUUUUAAUGACUGGCAAUGCAUAGAUUAGUAUUGUACUAUCCAGCAUUUUUCGGUAGGCUGGCAUUAUUUUCUUCUACUACUCAGGCACUCAGCUUUUCAUAUCUGCACCGCUACUUCCAUAAUUUACUAAUAUCCCCUGAGGUGAAAUAAAGCUUUUGUGUUGUAUAAGACAGGGCUUUGGAGGGGGGGGGGGGUUGUUUAGGUAGAAGCACCAAGGUUGGAGUAAGAGUUUGUAAGUACUUUGUCUGGUGUCUGUAGGAGGUAAUAUUAGAGGGGGUAAAGCUGGUUGGGUAGGGGAGAGUGAGUUGGGAGAUUUUUUAAACAUGUAUGAGUUUGUAGUGACAGGGCUUUGGAGGGGGGGGGGGGUUGUUUAGGUAGAAGCACCAAGGUUGGAGUAAGAGUUUGUAAGUACUUUGUCUGGUGUCUGUAGGAGGUAAUAUUAGAGGUGGUAAAGCUGGUUGGGUAGGGGAGAGUGAGUUGGGAGAUUUUUUAAACAUGUAUGAGUUUGUAGUAGAAUUAAGCUAUUUACUUUCACUACAUAUUACAUGGAAAGUUAUAUAGUUUCAAUUAUUCUGAAUUGGAUUCUUGCUUCCAAAUUCCAAAUUCACACAUUUUAAAACAUUGACUGCUGCAUGGUUUCUGGAAACUGCCAGUAACAUUGUAAUACCUUAAGGUGGUUAUCAGAGAUGUUACUUUUUCUGAUUUCUGCAGAAUUCUGACUAAGACAGACUUUAUUUUCUCAGUAAAACAAAUUUGACCAUAUUUCCUUUGAUUGGGAUGUCUAUGAUGAUUGUCUAACUUUGUGGCACAUCUUUUUUAAAGUAUUGGAAAUAGAUAGGUUUUCAAUGCUCAAUUUUUUUUUCAAGCUGUUUCAUCACAUGGACUAAUGAGCAAAUCUUGAUCAUGUGUGUAUUUUUUAUUUAUUACUAAAUACUAUAAUUUUUUACAAUUUUGAGUUACCGGUACUAUUGGUUUGAAGGGAGUAGAGUUUAUCAUUACAAUAACAGGAAGUAUUAAGCCUGCUUCGAUUACCAAGCCCUGUGACUCUGCAAGGUAAUUGGCCUCUGAUCACCACCUGGAAAAAAUUGCCCAUCCUUCAUGGUCAUUAGUAAACAUACUAUCAUUUAUUUUGACAUGGUUUAAGAUCAGGUGAAAAUGAUAGUUUUUAACAAAAUUAGACUUAUCUUUUAGUUCUCGGCACAAAACAAACCUCAACUUUUUUUUAAUGGCCAAUUUUACUCUUUAAAUGAAAUGAAAAAAAAAGAAAGAAAUAAUCUGAGGUUAUUUAACUAACAGAUUGUAGUAACAGAUGUGCAUACACGGAGGCACCAAUUAGCAAAUUAGUUGAUUACUAAUAUUUAUUCAUUAACCACUACCAUUCGUGCCAUGGUUUUGAAAAAUUCAAAGUCUGUUUAAAAAAUAAAUAAAAAUUGACUAGAAAAGUCUGGUUGGCCACAUCUCUGGCUUGUCAAUCAAGCUCCUUCUUUUUUUCUUUCUUAGAUUAGUUUCUAGGUUACUAUUUAUAUUCCUGCUUGUCUUUUGAUAUAUUUACACCAUUUUUCUUGUAGCUGUAGAUUCUGGGCAGGGUUUGACCAAAAUUUUAAUCCACAGACAAUGUGCGCCAGCAGCUUAGAGAAGAAGUUUACGAAGCUAUGGCUGAGGGGGAGAGAGAGGAACAGUUAUCCAAAAUAGUUCAUGAAAAAGCUGCUAAGUCAACUACUGAAACAAUUGCAGGCGAGACUCUUGAAGCAGACAAAAAAAAGGAAAGUAGUGAAAUGAAGGCUGGAAUGGCAGAUGUGGAUAUGACUGCAGAAUCUGAUAACAAGGGUGAUGGUAAUUGUAUUGGUGAUGCCAGUAGUGAAAAGAAAGUUGCUGAAUCUGAGAAGAAAGAUGCAGCAGAAUCUGAGAAGAAAGAUGCAGCAGAAUCUGAAAAGAAAGAUGCAGCAGAAUCUGAAAAAAAAGAUGCAGCAGAAUCUGAAAAAAAAGAUGCAGCAGAAUCUGAAAAGAACGAUGCAGCAGAAUCUGAAAAGAACGAUGCAGCAGAAUCUGAAAAGAACGAUGCAGCAGAAUCUGAAAAGAAAGAUGCAGCAGAAUCUGAGAAGAAAGAUGCAGCAGAAUCUGAAAAGAAAGAUGCAGCAGAGUCUGAAAAGAAAGAUGCAGCAGAGUCUGAGAAGAAAGUUGCAGCAGAGUCUGAGAAGAAAGAUGCAGCAGAGUCUGAGAAGAAAGAUGCAGCAGAGUCUGAGAAGAAAGAUGCAGCAGAGUCUGAGAAGAAAGAUGCAGCAGAGUCUGAGAAGAAAGAUGCAGCAGAAUCUGAGAAGAAGGAUAAUGAAACAGUGAAGAAAGAUAAUGAAACGGUAAAGGGAUCUGAUUCUUCUAAUGCUGAAAAGAAAGAGCAUGAGAACAACAAAGAGGAAGAAGCGAAAAGUGAAGUUUCAAUGAAUGUUGUAGAAAAAGAAGCUGCAGAUAAGGCUGUUGAGCCCGAAAAGAAAGAUGAUGCAAUGCCCACUGAAGUUCAGUCAGAUAAAGUUACUUUAGGAUCAGAGACCAAGGAUGUUCCAAUUGAAAAGAAAGAAGAAGAAAUGGAAACUACUGAUGAAAGCAAAGAGAAGUCAGAUAAGUCCAAAGAUAAGGAAGAUGAGAAAGUUGAAGAGGUGCAAACAAAUGACGCUAAAGGUGAAAAAACUGCUGAUGGUGCUGCUGAGGCUCCAGUAAAUGGCACAAAGGAGGAGGAAGAGAAGGAAAAUGAUGUUGAAAUGGCUGAUGCAGAGGGUGAAUCCACUUUUUAAAUACAUUUCUAUAUCAAUGUAACUAACAAUGUACGCAUUCCUAUUUAUCCCAUCUUCUCAUCUCUUUUUGCUGCUGGCUUGUGUUUUCAAAAGCUUAUUGCAUUUUUUUGUUGCUUUGUCAUACUAACCUAUUCUACUAAUCUCUUUUGGUUAAGUGUAUUUCAUUUACAGUUUAGAUUUUAGCUGUAUUAACUAAGUUAAGGGUGUCUUUUUAAAAAUAUUUGUUUUAUAACCAAAGUACCAGAGGUCCCCAACCUUCAAAUAUAAGUUGCAUAUUUGGGUGAUCAAGGCCACCAACUAAAUUAAGAUUUGAUUAAAAUACUAACUUAGAGAAGUUGGGGAUCGAUUGUACCAUUUCAUCAAAAGAGAAAAAACUUCAAAUGUUUUUAAUGUUGAACUUAACAUUCCCAAUUUCUUUUACUCUCUUGGUGCUAAACCUUAAUUUUUUUUAUUUAAGCAAAAGUUUAUCACAAUUGCGCCAGCAGCUUAGAGAAUUUCAUUAAUUCUUAAUUUCCUUUUAAAUACAUUUCUGUGGAAAAAUAAUUUCACAGAAUGUUAUUUUAGAAAUGAUUAGGCAUCAUUUGAACAAAUAUAAAUAUAUAUUUUUAUUUUUUUCUUCCACUUUUGAUUUCAUCAAUAAAUUUGAAAUAAAAGGGGUUAUAUCUUUUGAAUUCAUACAUUGUCUUUUUUAACUUAUCCAUUUUCCCCGCAUUGGAAUUUAAAGCUAUAAAACCCUGGUUCUCAAAGUGUUCUCUGAAUAAUAUUCUAACAUUUCUUUUGAGAGUGAUUUUAAUGGUUUUUGAUGCAUUGGGCUUUCAUAGCAGAAAAUAGGGUCCUAACUUAAAAGGUAGGGGAGGAACCUGGGCUCCAACAACAGACAUGACAAGAUAAAUACUUUUAAGCUUAGGAAAAACAUGUGUAAAUAGUACUGGUACUGAUGCCUAUUAGACUGCACCAAGAGAGAUCGGUUCAUGAUAAGAAAAUAUAAGAUAAUUUAAUUUGCUUUUGACACUCACAUUGUCAGUUUCCACAAAAUGUGAGCUGAGAAUAUUGAAGAUAUUAAAUGUCUUUUAGCUGUUGAUGAAGGUGAAGAAGAUGGGGAAGAAGGAGAGGAAACUGCUGAUGGCGAAGAGAGUCAAGAAGGAGAAGGUACAGAAGAAAAAGAUGAGGUAUGUUACAUAAAGUUUAAUGAGAACUUGUAUUAUUUUUCUCAAUUUUAUUGUAUUGUAAAGAGUCCAUUCUGGUAUAGAUGUUAUGAACUAGAAAUUCAGUGGUUGUCGGUUUUUAUUUCAUUACUUAUAAGUAGAGACUUCAUAUUCUCAUCAUCCUUAUGCGUUCCCAGUUAAGGUAGAAGCUUGCCUUGUUUGCUUUGUGUUUGUCAUGUUUCUUGUGCCUCCCAUGCAUGAACUCUGGCUGACCCCAAGUUUGCGACGAUGGGUGUGGUUUAAUUAUAAAUUGUCUCCCUUUACCUUCACCACAUGUAAACAUAGUCUAUAGUCAAACUCUUUAGAACUUAUGAGACAGGCUCAGAUACAAGACGUAACCCCUUUCUGGAAAAGUCUCUAUUAAAUGAAAGACUAUAAAUAAGCAGAUCGACAGAGAGCUAGAGAGAGACUGAGACUAAUAGAUUGACAUACUGUACUGACCGUAGACAUUGUACAUUAUAUUUACUGUGUGUGUGUACCUUCCCAACAUUGUGCCGGUACCAGUUCAUUGCUGUACUUAAGUGAAUAGCCUUAGUUUUAUUCUAUUUGAAUAUUGAAUUUCUUUAUAAGGUUAACUUAAUUAUUUGUAAUUAGCCCUACUUUGAUUAUCCUUCUUUAUUACUGUAUUUAGUUAAUAGUAUCGUCCUUUGUUGUGCACUGUUUAUCGAGCCAUGUAUUAAAAUAAGAGAUUAAAUUCUCUGCACAAUAUAAUUACAUAACACCCACAUUUUAUGUUUCAAAUGUUCCUAUCAGCAAGAUCAGAUUGACAUAGUUAUAGCUAGGGGUGUGCCGGAUCCGUUUUUUCCAUCCGGAUCCGGAUUUUCUUAUGCGAAAUCCUCCGGAUCCGGAUUCCGGAAUAAUCCGGAAUCCGGUUUCUCCCGGAUUUUGGUACUAUUGGUAGAUACUUCGGUAAGUCAAGGUGGACUACUACUUUUUGUGUAUGGGAAUUCGCAAUCGGCGCCAAAAAAUCCGAGUUUUUAAUUUUCCGAUGUGUGUGUCUAUUUAUUAUUAAAUUAGUACUUUCGAUAUAUAUUUGAGUUCCGUUCCAUUUGGAUAAGUGUCUUACGAGAGACGCCAUGUUUCUACGCGUUCGCAGCAGGUUAUGCAGCUCGCUCAACCUAAUUUCGCCAUGGGGUUGGCCACGCCCCCCUUUUUAAUGGCGGAAGUUGACGAUACUUAGGAAAUAUUAAUUUAUUAUCACUAUUUACAUCAAAAUAAUUGAUAACUUGUGUUUCAGAAUGCAUUUAAAGACAUUUAAACUGGAAUGUUUUAAUUUGAGCUUUAACAACCCGGUAGAAUCCAUAUUAUAAAUGAUCAGAAUUUACCGUGUGCAACACGUUGUCAUUGGCAACCAUUCACAGCCACUUGCAUAACUGUAUCGUAGUACUACCUCAGAGUUUCAUUCAUAAGAGUUUGCCGUGUGCAAAAACUAUUAAACCAUUGGUCAGGGAAAGCUUUAAUUAAUUAUUCAUGUGCCAAAGUUGAAAGUUUAAACUAAGUCUAAACAGUAUUUUAGUGAUAAGGCAGGGAAUGCGUUGCCUUAUAUAAACUAUAUAGUCAUUGCGCAUGACGGGAUUGGCGGAAUGAGAUCACAGAAUGUGGAGAUGCAGUCCAUGUUAAAAAAUGACAAACCAAGUCGUACUUUAAAAAUUCAUAACUUUAAAACUACAACAGCUAAAAAUAUGAUUUUGGUGUUAUAAUUCUUUAAAAAAUUACAUCUUUUCAACUAUGCCAUUGGUUUAUUUUUACAAAAAGUUUAAAUUUUCUUAUCAAAGUCCCUACACUAUUGGCCACUAUUAGCGGUGCUGACUCUAGCCUCUGGUAUGUACGGAAUAUUAAACAUUAAACAAGCUCAACGCUCGAAACAAUCGAUUAAUGUAUCGUGAUCGUGUGGAAUUCGGGAAAGAGAAUUACUUUUAUUUCAGAUUAUGAUCCGGUGAGUCACAAAAUCUGGCAAAUUCCGUAAUCCGGUAUAUUCCGGAAUCCGGUUGUUCCAGAUACAUGUAAAUCCGGCGGAACCGGAUUUCACCGGAUAGUGCAAAAUCCGGCGGAACCGGAUUCCGGACCGGACUCCGGCACACCCCUAGUUAUAGCUAUCUCUAUCUUAGCCACGCUACCAAUUAGUUUGGUACUAGCACUUUACCCAGUCACAUCUUAUUAUUGCUGUAUGGUUGUCAUAUCAUCAGACUCCAAUUGAAUUAAAUUGAUAGAAUGCAUAACAGCUAAUUGAUCUAUUUUUGAUUCAAUUCUAUGAAGCAGUUAAGUUAAAAUGAUUUAAUUUUUUGUAAUUUAUAAGAGUUAUUAUCAUUUCAGUAUAUGCUUAAAUUUGAUUUUAUCUCUCCUUACAGGAUGUACCAAAUUUUCAACUGGCUUGGGAAUACCUUGAUCUGGCUAAAGUGAUUUAUUUGAAGUACGUUAUCAAUGGAUAUGUUCAGUAUUUUUCAAUUUAUCAGGAUAAUUCUUUAGAAUUUUUAAAUUACUGUGGUUUCUACUUAACUCAUUCCCAUCCUUUGGGGCUUCUACUUGGUAGACAAAAUUCUAAAUUUUUAGCCUUAUCUGUAAUCUGGUGCAACCUAACUCACGAACAACUUUCAUGCCAAAGUUGAAUGCUUAUCUCUCAAAUCAGUAAUCAUUUUUCUUUUAAAUGCUCAGGAUAAAGAUAAACUAGUUCAGUAAAUAUAUACAGUAAUUCUAAAUCAUUUCAAAUAAUUGUGCAAAAAGGCCGUUUGAUGUCAUACAUUUAUAGAAAAAAAAAAGAAAAAAAAAAGGUUCAGUAUAAAUGAAAAAGUCCAUGAUAAAAUUACAUUGAAAAUAUCCUCUUUUUCAAAACAUUUAAUACGGUACAGAUUAUUUAAAAAUCAAGCUUCAUCCCCAAAAGCUCGAAGCGCGGUACGUACCACAUUGAAGUACAAAAUUCAACAUUACAAAACUACAUAAAAGAAUACCCAUUCUAAGUCUUGCAACCAUAAACAACACAGGCCAAUAUACAUUUAAAAGACAAUAGCUAGGUAGGCAACAUCACCCCAGCAGGUGUUUGUGAAAAAGAUAAGUCUUCAAAUCAGUUUUGAAAGACUCCAGUGUCUGGCUGUUUCUGAUAGCGAUGGGGAGAGUGUUCCAAAUUGUUGGGCCAGCAAAUGCGAAAGUGCGCCCCUUGUAAGUCUCAAGGCGAACACGUAUCGAGUUUGCCACUAUCAGAUGAGCGGAGUUGUCUAGUGGGUACAUAAGGCGUAAGUAGCGCUUGAGCUAGGACGGUGCCAGGUCAUGCAAGCAGCUGUAGCGCAGAGUUGAAAUUUUCUACUCAAUGCGAGCGUGGACCGGCAGCCAAUGCAACUCUCUCAGAAGUGUUUUAGCAUGGUUGAAUUUGCGUUUUCUGAGAACAAUGCGAGCCGCAUUAUUCUGUACUUUUUUAAUUUUAUCCACAAGCGUUGCUGGAAGACCCACCAUAAGAGCAUUGCUAUAGUCCCUGCGUGAAAGCAAGAAUGCAGACAUCAGCCUCUUCGAUGCGUCUAAUGUUAAGAAAGGUCUGAUAUGACUAAUUCUUUGCAGCUCUAGAAAAAUCACCUUGCAAAGCAUGUUAAUGUGAUUUUCCAUAGUUAGUCACCCAGGUUUUGCACUGUUUGAGCAAACUAUCUGUAUACCUGAGAAAGUAAGGGUUUGUGUGUCUUUUAUAUAUUUUAGCUUUUGAGUGGUAGCAAUGGGGAUCAGCUCGAUCUUUUCAUUGUUCAAUUUAAGCUUGUACAUAGUCAUCCAGUGCUUAACUGACUCCACUGUCUUCUAUGUCAUACUAAGAAGCCGAGGGAACUGAGAGGGGAGCACAGAUAUCUCAAGUUGGUAUCAUCCGCCAACAUGUAAACUGCUUGAUCACUGCACUCAGGGGCUGAACGUACAUAGUGAACAGCACCGGGCAUAGAUCCGAGCCCUGGAGUACUCCGACUUCGAUGAUAGAUUGCUUUGAGGGCACGCCGUUUGCGCUAACUGAUUGGACCCGAUUUGUCAGAUACGGAUGGAACCAUUUCAGGCCGGUAUCGGUGAAACCGAAAGUAUUUUCCAGACGUUGGGGAAGUAUGCCGUGGUCAAGCGUAUCGAACGCAGCCGCUAAAUCCAGUAACGACAAAAGUGAUAUCUUGCCCUCGCCACAAGAUGACAGAAGGUCAUUUACGACGCGCAACAGGGCUGUCUCGGUAGAGUGAUGCGCCCUGUAUGCUGACUGGGAAGGCUCAAACAAGUUGCACCAAGUGAGGUGAUUCAGGAGCUGGCGAACGACUUUCUCCGAAAUCUUCGAUGCAAAUGGUAGAUUGGAGACGGGGCGAUAAUUUUCAAACACAUUUGGGUCGAGAUUCACCUUCUUUAGCAGUGGAGUUACAACCGCCUCUUUAAAAGAUGGAACAAUACCAGAUUUUAAAGACUUAUUUAUAAGUUAUGAUAGGUACUAUUUCAUCUAAACAUUCUUUCAACAGUCAUGCCGGAAGAGGGUCAAGCAAACAUGACUUUCGGGGAGUCAUCCGUUUCAGUGACCUCCAAAAAUUUGCUCAAAGGAGUAAACGGCAAGAAUUAGGGAGCAUCAGUGCAAAUUUAAGUCUCGUCCUGAUCUUCCUAACUUUCGUAAUAAAGAACUCAUUGAAAGUGUUUGGCAGCUGGCCCACGGCAAUGUUAUUUGGCAAAGAUGUGUCUUUCUGUUUACUUGUCGGCUGACCCACAAUACUAAACAAUUCCCCAGCAGAGCCACACUCUACAAUAUGGUGACUGACAUACUCAGUCCUAGCUGCAAGUACCAACGUCUUUGUUCGUUCCCUGUGAUCAAUAAAGAUUUGUCGGUGCACAGUCAAGCCGACUUCCGCCAUUUGCAUUCUGUACGUCGCUGCUUCUGCUCGCGUCCUUUAUUUCGGACGUGAGCCAUCGGGCGGAAGUGCCCUCCGUAACGCGCUGUGUGGAUAGUGGUGCAUUGUCUAAUAUGACUCUGAGGCCACUGUUAUAGUCUGUCGCAGGGUCUUCACUGCACCCAAGGGCAGCAACAUUACAUUUUAAGGCCACCAGAUCUAUCUUUUGGAGGUCACGGGAUGUGACUGUGCACAGAAGGCGUACUGGCUUCCUCAAGUCAAAUUCGAAGGCGACUGGGAAGUGAUCAGAGAUAAGUUUGUCCUCAAUAAUAAGGUUGCGGAUCAUUGCUGCACGGUCCUCCUGACAACUAGCCAAUCUAGGAUGUGACCCCGCUUCUGCAUCGGGACACUGACAAGCUGAGUCAUUCCGUGUGUUCUGUGGUUGCAAGGAUUUUGGAUUGUCGACCAAAAUAUAAUCUAAUGCAGAUAAAUGGUUUCAUUUAUUAAAGAGCAGUUUUUUUCAAGUGGUAGUUAGUUAUGAGGAAUAGUCUGGCUGCUAUUAGGGUAAAUAUAAUUUUUCAAGCUUCUUAAAAGAAGUUGACUCCCUGUGCAUAGAUUUAAUUUAAUCCCUUCGUUGUGCUUACAGGAGUGACAGUAAAGACGACCAAUUAAAAGCAGCUGAAUGUCAUAUAAAGCUAGGCGAGGUUAGCAUGGAGACAGGUUAGUUGAAUAAAUAUCACUUAAUUAAUAAAUGAAGAUAAGAUACAUUCACUAGUAAGAUACAUAUUCACCAUUGUUCUCAUUGUAAUUUUUUUAUUAACAUCAAACUGGAUUGAUUAUUGUAUUAGUUGUUUGGCAGAAUUGGUCUAACAAAUGUCCUCAAACGUUGAACAUAUAGCAGAUGUUAAGUUUCAAAAUGUUUGUCGUAGACUUGGUAGGGGUGAAUGUGGAAUCUGCAGAACAUGUGCAUGAUAUUAAUUUUUUGAAACAGUUACUGGAGGACCAGUCUCACCCUUCCAAUGCGACAGUACACUUCCAGAACAGGAAAACAAAUUUAACAAUAGGCGGCAAAACCAUAUUACUUGGUACCAUCUUGUUAAAUUUCUCUUGGAAUUGAAACUGACACCUUUUUCAAACUCUGGCCCUCUUCACGACAAGCUCUGUAUGAGCUAAAGUUGUGCUCAACUAUAAAAAUUGUUUCCUCUGAAGAAAGACCUGUUUUAGCAACUGUCCAACAUAGCCUCUUUGACAUUUGCCGUUUUAGAUCUGUUACUUUUGGUAUAUAGCUUAUAAACACCUUGUUAAUAUUUUAACAAAAUUUUAUUUCUUUAGAACAACAUGCCACAGCAGCUGAAGACUUACAGAGUGCGCUUAAAAUCCAACAAAAAUACUUGCCAGCUGAUGACAGAUUGAUUGCAGAGACACACUACCAACUGGGAUUGGCUUAUGGGCUUAGCAAGGACUUUAAGUUGUCAAUUGAACAUUAUCAACUGGCUAUCAGUACUAUUGAAGCUAAAAUAGGUAUGUUUUGUUGAUUGUGCCAAAAUUGUUAUAUGGUUUAGGUUAGGAAUCUUUAUAAUAAACAGCUAGAUUGAAGAUUUUACCGGAAAUAGUAGUUUGUGAUGCUAAUCACUGUGCAGUUCAGAAGUAAAGGAAUGGUCAGGUGUAAGUUUGAUGUCCCUAAGAAUAUGCAUGUUCUUAUAUAUGGUUGAUCUUUUAUGUUAAAACCGUUGGCACAAAAUAGUUGAAUUUUUCAAUAUUCAUUUGCAUCCAACAAGUGUGGUUAUGUUAUAUUUUUUAACUAAGCUUUAUCUUUGAUAUUUUUCACAGCAUCUCUGACCAAACUUGUUGAAGAGCAAGAGAUUGAUGCAGAUAAUAAAGGUAAAAAAGUAAUUUAAAGUUAUCACCACAUUAAAUGAAAUACAUAAAGAUUUUGAAACUGCAUAUAAUAUGAUCCAUGUAUGAUGCGAACCCCUGACUUUUCUGUGAAAAAAUCUCUACAUUGCAAAAAAAAUAGCAAAUUCUUUCAAAUAUUAUACUACUUAAAAAUCACUGGUCAUACUAAUACCAUUAUAACCGCCUGUCGAUGGGGUCGCUACUUACAUUGAUGGGGUUUUUUGCAGAUCCGAUACGCAUUUGGUUGCAGAUUGAGAGUAGGUCAAGAGGAUAUGAUUGUAUAGACAGGCAUUAGUAGGCCUAUAUUAUAUCGUUUACAUUAUUUCUUUCACACAUGUAUUAUGCAAACUCCUUUUUAUAGUAUAUUUAUUUUAACCCAAAAGUUCUUCCAUUUUAUGCUGUUAUAUACAGAAGUCAUUUUGUUGUUACCCUUUCUUAGAACCCUGGGGAAAAAAAAUUUCUUUGAUGCUCAAGUUUUGAGAUCACAAUUCAAGCUAACCUGAACUGAAAUAACUUAUGCCUUUCUACCCCGUCUGGGGCAUAUGCCUUCUCCAAGAAUUUUCCACUCCUCACGGUCCUGUGCUUUGCUUUCCAAUUGCUUCCAGGUGUAUCCCAUAUUUUGCGUGUCUGCCUCUAGCUCGCUUCUCCAUGUAUUCUUAGGCCUUCCUCUCUUACUUUUUCCCUGUGGGUUCCAUGUUAGGCAUUGUCUGGUGCUAUCUGGGGUUUUUUGGAGCGUAUGCCUUAUCCAUCUCCAUCUUUUCUUUUUGAUAUCUUCAUCAUUGGGCACCUGGUAUGUCCUUUCUAUUAGAUCUUUGUUGGUGAUAGUAUUUGACCAUUUGAUUUUCAGGAUCUUUCUAAGGCAUGUGUUUAUGAAUGUCUGCACUUUCUGCAUAAGGCUCACUGUUGUUUUCCAAGUUUCUGCACCAUAUAGUUGGACUGUUUUGACAUUUAUAAUAAAGAUUCUGACUUCAGUUUGCAGUUUCAGCUCCUUCGACUCCCAUAUUUUCUUUAAUAGCACAAAUGCUGAUCUAGCUUUUCCAAUUCUGGCCCUUAGUCCGCAUCGGAUCCGCCAUUCGUCUCUAUGGUGCUGACUAAGUAAUUGAAGGACUCCACUUCUUCCAGUGCCUUUUCUGCAAAACAAAUAUGCUCUUGGUUGGAUGAGUUUACCUUCAUUAUUUUUGUCUUGCUUUUAUUUAUAUUGAGUCCAAGCUGUGCUGAACUGGUGGCAACAUCUUUUGUUGCUGGUGGUGGGACAGAAGUGCAAUGUGGUCUGCAAAGUCUAAAUCAUUUAGCUGUUCCCAGAGUGUCCAUUGUAUCCCAUUCCUCUUUUUCUCUGGAUUUUUUCAUUAUCCAGUCAAUGGCAAGGAUGAAUAGAAAUGGGGACAAGGGGUAUCCUUGUCUGGGGACAAGGGGUAUCCUUGUCUGGGGACAAGGGGUAUCCUUGUCUGGGGACAAGGGGUAUCCUUGUCUGGGGACAAGGGGUAUCCUUGUCUGGGGACAAGGGGUAUCCUUGUCUGGGGACAAGGGGUAUCCUUGUCUGGGGACAAGGGGUAUCCUUGUCUGGGGACAAGGGGUAUCCUUGUCUGGGGACAAGGGGUAUCCUUGUCUGGGGACAAGGGGUAUCCUUGUCUGGGGACAAGGGGUAUCCUUGUCUGGGGACAAGGGGUAUCCUUGUCUGGGGACANCGUCACAAAUGCAUAGCUGCACCAUUACUCUCCACACCAAAAUACACUACCGUGGAACGAAGCAUUUUUCACUUAUCUUCUCCUUGAAAAACCGGAAAAACUGAAUUUGGGGGGGGGGGGGGGGUGUGGGUGUUCCAAUCGAUGGACUGUUCUACUAUGAUUCUUAGUGUUGCAAUUUGAUCUGUGCAUUAUCGGUUUUGGCGGAAGUUAGCCUGUUCAUCUUCUAGCUGCAUAUCGACCUGGUCUAUCAUUCUGAUCAAAAUAAUUCUGUUAAAGACCUUUCCUGGUACAGACAGCAGUAUAAUUCCCCUGUAAUUUGCACAGUUGCUGAAUCCCCUUUCUUUGGUAUCUUGAUGAGGUAUCUUUCUUUCCAAUCUUCUCUCAUCUUCCCAUAUCUUUUCAAACAGAGGGUGCAGCAUGUUGACUAUUGUUUCUAUAUCAGCUCUUAUCUCUGCUGUGAUGUUAUCCGGUCCUGGUGCUUUCCCUAUUUUGAGCUGCUUGAUGGCGAGAGCUAUUUCUUCUUUACUUGUUGCACUUUCUUCUAUAUAUGUCUGGUGCGUCUGUGGUUGGGGGUCUGCUUAAUAGUUCCUUAAAGUAUUCCACCCAUCUAUUUUGUUGCUCUUUCCUUUCUGUUAUUGAUCUAUGAACUGAAAUAGUGUUAUAUUAAAAUUGAAAAGAUGUAAGCAUUUUGAUUGAUUAAAAAUGUCUACAUCGCAGAAAACCAUGAAACUGAUGAAUUGAAAAAGUAUAAAGAUGAGAUCAAAGAACUACAAGAUUUAAUACCUGAAAUGCGAAAUAAGGCAAGUUAUUUUAUCAUUUAACAUGCGAUGUACAAAUUUUGUAAACCCAUUCGCUACUAUUGCGACCAAAUGCAACAUGCCCGCCUUGCUACUAAUGAGACCGAAUGAACCAUCACGCCCAGCAACGUAUGCAUAACUCAUGAUAUCAGAAGAAGCUUUGCUGCCUUGCAAACAGCUUUUAAAAAAGUAAGAAUAUAGCUGUUUCAAUUUUUUUUUUAAACAGAUGUAUUUACCUUUUACAGUUUGAAAGCUGCAUGUUGUUUGUCUAAGCUUAGUGAAUUUGUGAUUUCUGAGAUUAUUUUGCUAUGGGGUUUCAGUUUCUUGACUCUGCUGCCUCCACUUUUAAUUAUUCAUCAGAUAAUUCUGAUAAUGAAGAUGAAUCGGACAUUUAUAUUGAUCAAAAUGCACUGAACUGAAAAUAAUACUGACAAAAGCGACAUUGAUGAUAGCAAUCAAGACACUCACCGAGUCCAAUCAAGACACUCACCGAGUCUUGGUCAGACAAUUUUACCAAUGUAACUGAUAAGAUGGAGAUAUUUUGUGAAAUAGAUGGUGGCAGCCAUAAACUUUCUAUGGAAAGCAAUCCAAUAGACUACUUCAACUGUUUGUGACUGAUGCCUUGGUGGAAUUUAUUGUUGUGGAAUCCAACAAAUAAGCUGAGCAACAGCAGACUGCUAAGGGCAGACACCCAAUGGAGGCUGUUAUUGAGGGUAUUUAAAAAUUCUUGUAUAUAAAUUUUAUAAAUGGGCUUCAUAAAUUUCCCACUACUAAAUUGUACUGGUCUAGUGACAAACUUUGGAGGUUCUCUGCAGUUGCAGAUGUAAUGGGGCGCUCCCAAUAUGAAAAAAUUAUACAGUAUUUUCAUAUCACCCACAGAGAAAACAUUCCGGCCAAGAAAUAAGUGAACUCUAUGAUCCCCUGUACAAAGUGAGACCAAUACUAGACCAUAUUAAGAAUGUGUACCUGACAGCAUGUAUAAACCAAGCGACCGCUGUCCAUAGAUGAGGAAAUGGUUGGUUUUCGUGGAAGAUUAUCCUUCAAGCAGUACUAGAGUAACAAGCCAACUCCGUGGAGCAUCAAAAUUUGGUGCUGGGCAGAAGCCAAAACUGGUUACAUUCUUAACUUUCAAGUUUAUCCUGGCAAAAGUAACAAUCUCUCAGAUCAUGGACUUUGGAUAUGAUGUAGCUAUGUCAACCAUACCUGGAUAGGUAUCAUGAAGUGCUUUUCAACAAUUUCUUUUCCUCUCCAAAACUUGUAGAGGACCUCUUAUCAUGAAAAACAUAUAGCUGUGCAACCAUAUGGCCCAACAGAAAAGGCUGGCUUCUACCAAAGUCUAAACAGAAGAGGGGAAGUGUUAGAAUAAAAUAGUAAGGUUUAAUGGUUGCCUCAAAAUGGACUGAAAAACAUCAAGUGAACAUAAUAUCCACCAAUUCUGACCCAGUAGUCACCAUGGUUCAACGCAGGUCAAAAGAUGGAAUUAGAAAUUGCAAUGCCAUUUGUCACCUACAUUUCUGAUAUGUUUGAGGUGGAGUUGUCAGACCAACAUCGUGCCUAUUAGCCUGUGGUCCGAGCAAGUUCCAAGUUGUGGAGGUAUGUGUUCUGGUACAUUUCAAUCUUCAAUGGAUCUUUCAAUGAUCAAUAGCUUUCUGAUCAUGAAAAGUGCCAAGCCGACUAAUGACUGGAAGAAAACGUCUAUGUAACCAGUGCUCGAUUGAUGGUAACAUGAUGGACAGUGGUAGAAGUAGGGAACCAACUGGUUGUCAUUUGUGCCAGGUUUAUCUACACAAGGGCUACUGUUUUUCUAAAUUCCACAAGACUAAAAAUCAAAGUAAAAACAAACUAUGACUACUUUCAUAAUUUACAGCAAGACUAAAAAUCGAAGUAAAAACAGACUACUUUCAUAAUUUACAGCAAACAUGUGAAUUGAAGUAUAGAAAACUAUACUUUUAUGAAAAGGUUAUUCUAUUUUCUAUUUUUAAUGCAUGUUUUGUUAUAUAGGUUGUUUGGUUGUUAACCCUCAAACUGUGGUCGGCUGAUAUUCUCAUUAUGUACUGUGGCGGCCGAUUUAAAAAAAACACUGUCCGAUUAGCAACUUCCAAUCCAAUAUUUUAUUGGAAUCAUACCACUUCCUUUUAUUAAUAAUUAAAUCAACUUCCAGGGCAUGCCGUUUUUUUUUUUUAAGCUAAAAUUGCUAAAGCUAUGGCUGGGCCUUCAGUGGAUAACUAAUAUUAUUAUAAAUACUUUUGAAAGUUUUUUAGGAGAGGAUUUAAGUUCAACUGAUACUGAUGAUUUUAACAUUCCCCAUGACAUCUCAGUUCAGAUUCUUCUUCUUGUGAAUCUGAUACUAGUCUUAGUGAUAUUCAGGGUUCCAACAUCCUGAAAUUCCAGGAGCUCCUGGAAUUUGAAAAAAUUGAUAAAAUCCUGGAAAACUCCUUAAAUUUUACAAUUUUUCCUUAAAUGUCCUGAAAUUUUUGUUUCCACGGAGCGAGGGGUAAAAAAAAAAUCCUGGUCGCGAUAGUUUUUUUCUUUCUAUUUUUCUCUAUUUUUAGCUCUUCUGUUAUCAAAACGAGUGUGCCAUAAUAAUUCUUGUGGUUUCCCCUUUACCGCGCAUGCGCUUUACGAGUUUCGGACAUGUAAUGUCGUACCGUAAUGCCCUGGUAGACAAGUUUUUUUUUGUUCAGUUCAUCGUUCAACUAUUUUUUUUUUUUUGGGUAAGUAUAGUGUAAAAUUAAAAUGCAGGUAAUAGAUAUUUAAAUGUAGUUUUUUUUUAGUAAAUAUUCAGUAAACUAUUAUGAAUCAAAAACUAUGCGCCCUAUCGAUCUAUAAAUUGACUAAGCCGACUACGCUUAGUCUAAAUUUUUUUUUUUUUUAAGUCGAAGUUUUAGCAACAAAAAAAUAAACCCACCUAUUGUAGUGUUAAAGUUAAUUAAAGAAGGAAUAAAAUUUAUGCUUGCGGCUGUUUAAGUUAUCUUAGCCAUAGGUCUAUCCCAGCCCCAUGACCAAAAAAGAAGAAUUUGAUUUAUAAAUAAUAAAUCUUAACAAUCGGUAUUAGUAGGCCUUUGUCUAGUCUAGCCUAUGCCUAUUACUAUUAUAAACGAUAACAUUGACACAUAUUUUUUUAAAUAGAGUUUAAGUACUAAGCCUAUAACUUUUAAGUUUAAUUAUUAGAGUAGGCCUUCUAAAUUGGCAAGUAUUAAAUAAAAAAAUUAAGUUUAGUAUUUAAGUUAUUUAGCGUAGCAUGGUUACGAUGAAUUCGAAACUUCAUUAAAAAAUUAUUAAAACUAGCUAAUGCAUCCAUUGAGCCUCGUAUAACUUAACAUUGUUAGUCCUUAUUUUAACCGGUAGUUAAAAAUUAACUAAUGCACCCAUUCCCUUGUUUAAAAUCCGGACUAAGCCAUUACAUAGGCAAAUGCAUAUCUUAGUUUCUCUUUCUGCCUCCCUAAGUAACAGUAUAAAAAAUUAUUAUGUUAAUUAUUAUGUUAACCCUAUUGUAUACCAAAUAUAAUGUAUUAAUUAUAUUUUGUUUCAAUAUUCAGGGUCUAGGGUAAAUAGACUGAUGAAGAUAGCAGUCCUGAUUGAACAAGCCAUCACUGAGUCAAUCCCAAGCUAGUGACUAGUGGACUGGAAUUCAAUCCCCAGAAAAUGCCUGGGUAGAUGGGACUCGUUAACCUUGAAUGGCAGACUCUGAAAUCAAACUCGGAGAUGGAGUCCCAUAGGCAUUAUGACAUUGACACAAUGAAAAUUCUGACCAACUCCUCUGACGUAGAAGCAAAAAGAGCAUAGUGAAACACACACACACACACUGCUGGAAAUCUACUGCAUCCUUGUUUGUCCUGACAAAUCAAGCAAAUCUCCCUAAAUUUAAACGAAAUACAGUUCACCUCAAGGCUACUGCUCCACUCUUAGUAAUCCUCAUGUGUACAGGACGAACAACAAUAUUGGAAAUAUUGAUAUCAAGUAUAUUUGCAGGACAGUUCUCAGAUGCCAUGAAAACUAGGGGGAAAAGAUUAAUAAACGUUAAUCAUCUGAGACUUCCUCUAGUUCAACUUCAGUUUGUUUACCUACCUCAGGUGUCCACUUUGGCAACUUCUUAGUCACGCUCCCAAGUUAUAUGUAUCUUCGUAAUUACUUACUAGUAAUUAAAAUGGAUUAUUUCAACUUAUAUUAUUAUAACUUUAUUAGUUAUUUGUUGUCAAACAUCAAGUACAUCUUAUAAAAACCAAGUUACUCAAUUGUGUGUGAACACGGGACCAGAGUAUCUAUACCGUUACAUCCUUAAAUCAAAUAAUUGCUAUAGCUUUAGCACUCCUUAGAGUAAGUACCGGCACUAUGCAAGUGCAUUUAUGUCCUGUUAGUGCAAAAAAAAUUGUAUAAAAGAAAAGUAUAGCAUCUUUUUUUUUUUUUUUUUUAAAUUUGUAAUAAUGUCGUGGAAUUUUGUAUUUUUUAUUGGGAAAACUUUUGGAAUUUUUGGUUUUAAUAAAAAAAAUUUGGUGCAGGAACCCUGGAUACUGCAGUAAGCCCUACUGUUAGACUUCGAGCCAGGCCCGGAGGUUGGGCAAGAACUGACUGAAUUUUAGUCACAGAAGCUAAAGAUUAUAGAUCAGAACUAAUAAAUUUUAUAGUGAAACCCAACCCAAAUCAGUUACAGUUCCUUUUUAAAUGUUUACUAGUCAAUAACUAUUGUGGAGAGUUCGGACCACGACGGGACCACGACGGCGCCGGGCAUUGUGGAGAGUUCGGAUCACGACGGCGCCGGGGGCGUCUGACCAGGGUUACCGGCCGUCUGACCAGGUGCAGCCGGCGCCAUCUGACCAGGGAGCACGAUCGACGGAUCAAGCGCCGGGGGCGGUACCGGCCAUCUGACCAGGGCAUUUCCCUGGGACGACUGGUUGGUUGGUAACCUGGCGCCGACUGAGAAAAAGGGGCGGCGCAAGUACAGACCCAGGGACCUAUAAAUAGGGACCUCUGGACGGAAAGGGGAGAAACGCGGCCGGACAGAGACGCAGAUACCAGGGAGAACUCGGACGGUAUGACAAGAGGGCAGUCAGAGUUGCGAGAUGAGAGAAAGUAUAAGCGAAGUGUCAGCCUAAUAAAGAACAAGACUAUAAUCAUCAAUUGUUAUCGCCUGAGUUGUUUCUUUAGUGGAUGUCAGAUAUAGAUGAAGGUUAGCAGAGAGCAAGCAAGGUUUCCUUACACUAUUUUGCCUGAGAUUUUGUUUGUUGUACUUGGUUUUAGCUGUGGUCCCAGUUUAUUUUUUUUUCAGUAAUAAAUGACCUAAAAUUACUAAAAUUUCUUUCAGAGGUUUAAUUGUAAUCAAAACCUUGGCAAACUAUACAUUUUUUUGAAUUGGCUACCACAUUUGUAUCAGCAUUUUAAUGGAAUCUAUAAAAAUUGAUGUUAUGAGCACUUGAAAGCAAGUCAUUUUGUCGAUAUUUUUUUUCAAGGACAAUAUAGCCAACUUUGUCCCCAUCCAUUUACCUUUCUUAAAAUAUUUAUUAAUACUAUUUCUAAAGGCACUCAAAAAGCCCUGAAAAUCUCCCACACUACAGAAUGAUGUAUGCCACAGUUCGAGGGUUAAGAAUAUUUUUUCUAACAUGGGUGCAUGUAUUUAGAGUGAUCUCCCUUUGCUAAGUAUUACUGGGGGUGUUUUGGUGUUAGUAGCGAAUGGGUAAAUGCCUUAAAAUAUAUGGGUAUCAAUAAGAAUGAAAUAUAUGGGUGUCAAUAAAAUGUAGAUCAAUAAGCUGACAAUAAAAUUGACUAAUUAAACAUGGAAAUCCCAGCAAAUAUUUUGAUACAGGUACAAAGAUAUUUCACUUUGUGAAACAUCCAAGCUGUUUUAAAUCUUCAUUUCUUUCAUUUUUUUAGAUUGAAGAUACUCAAGUUGAAGCAACAGAUAUGGAAAAAAUGAAGGAAAUGGCCAAAGAAAUGUUAGGGCUUUCUGGAACCACGAAGGUUAAACAUUUUAAUCAUAGUAUGAUCCUUAAAGAUCAGAGAAAAAUAAUCAGAAAUAAAUUAAGCUCUAGUUAAGAUAGCAGUUAUUAUAUAAUAUUUGAUUGUAAACUAGCCCUGACUGUCUGCAUGACUUUGUCAAUUUCAGGGCUUUGGUUCUCCUACUAAAAAAAAUGAUGUUUGUGUUGCAAGUGCAGGGCCAGAUGUAGAUGAAAAUGGAGAGAAAAAAGCCUCAGAUAUUGCUCAUUUGGUUAGGAAGAAGGUAAGAGAUAGGUUUAUGAAAUGUACCUUAAUAGUUAGGUGAGUGAAAAAAUUUUUCCAUUUCUAAUUCCUUUAAAUGAUUUUUUUAGAGGAAACCUGAAGAUGAUACAGAAGCCCCUGCUGCUUUGGAGAUAAAGAAAAUACGUCAGGAGGAUGGUGCUGCGGGGGAUUCUGCAUUAAAGACAAAUGGUGAUGUCAAGGUGAAUGGCAAUGGAGAGACUCCGAUAAAUGUUGACAAGGUUACUAGUGAUGUUGAGGUGAGUCCAAAAUAGACAUACUGGUGACAUGAUGAACAAUUUACAUUCAUAGAUAAUAAUCCUUGUUAAUAACAAAAGGAAAGAAAUUUUGUUAGAUAUGAUGGUUUAAAAUGAUUUUCGCCUUUAUUAACAGAGAAAUCUGUAAUUUCAAUUUGCAGAAAACUGGUAGUGCUGCUGCAGCCGAGCCCAUGACCACAUAAUCAAUGAGAAAUUGAUGGCUGCUUAUUCCUGCUUUAUUCAUGUGUACAUGAUUCCAUUACGCAUCAUUCACUAGCAUUUUCGUGUGGCAUUUUUAACACUUGAUAGUGUUGACCAACCAAGUGAAAAUUUGAUUUUCAAUUAUUUUUUUCGUUUCUUUUUUCUAAUAUUUCUCCACAUCUACGUUUAUCAAUUUGAUCUGUUUCAUUACAAAUUAAGGGGGGAAAACUAAAAUUUUUAUCUUUUGUUUACUUUCUUACUUUAAUUUCUGAAGUAUGGUAACUUAAAGAUGUACAAAAAAAUUACUGCUCUAAAUGUUAUACUUUGUGUAUAUGCCUUUAAAAUUAUGCCUAUUUGUUACUGCUGGAUAUGGCUUAUGUUUUUUGCCCAGAUUUGUUACUGGAAGUGAGAUUAAACUGUUGUGCAUCUGAAUCAACUGAAUCCUAUUCCUAUUCAUUAUUUGUACUUGUGAUGUGUUGUUACUUAUCAUAAACAAAUGAGCACCAAGUAAAUUAAUACAUUUUAUCUGGUGGGGGCCGUCCUGACAAAGGGACAUACCCGAUACCCAUUUGGGGAGGGCAUAAAGGGUGCAAGCUCAACGGCCUGCUAACA